UCUUUGUUCGUACUUGGUAGUGCGAGAGAGCUUGACUUCAAUUUCCCAGUGCUCGCAUCUCAGAAUUCCGAUCCAAAACGACAUAGUUUCAUGCUCUGUUAAAUUUCCAUGUAGCAAUGGCAGCAAUUGCUUCAGUCCCUCAAUGGAACCCAGAGGACGACCUCUUGUUGAAGAACGCUGUCGAGGCAGGUGCUUCUUUGGAGGCACUUGCCAAAGGUGCGGUCCGAUUCUCCCGAAAAUUCACGGUUCGUGAAUUGAGAGAUCGGUGGCGGUCUCUCCUCUACGACCCCGAUGUUUCGGCUGAAGCCUCUGCUCGCAUGGUGGAGCACGAACUUUCCUUUUCCGGAAACUCGCCGACGAUCUUGAGGCGGAGAAGCGUGAUGGAAGCUCCACCGGGCAAACGAAAAGCCGAAAGCGUCCGUGAAAUGUACUACGCGAUGCGGAAGAGCAUGUGCAGCAAUCGAGUAUUUGAAUCAUUUGAUCUUGGUUUUCUCCUUGAGGAUGAUCGCAUGGGCGAUGGCGGUGAUUGUCAAAAGCGUGUGAAAUUCAGUUACGAUGAGCAUCUGGCUACGUUCGGCGAUCAUAUUGAGGAUCGUUUAGGGUUUCAGAGUGUGGUUUCUGCCAAUGCCAUAGCGAAUAAUGAAAGGGAGUUUGUUUUUGAGCGAAAUGAUACAAAUCCUAAUCCUACUCUUGGAGAUAAUAUAGUUGAUGAGUUUGGGAAUAGCUCGGAUGCUGAGGAUAUAGGGCCGUCGGAUAUGCCUAUCUGGAAGACAAUUGAGGACGUCUCGGCGCCUGCAAUGCCGAUUAGUUUGAGCAUCGGAGAUAAGGAUCAGCGUGAGGCGGAGACAUUGAUGCUUCCCGGUGAUGGUGUUGUCCAUUCCGAGCCGAUUCUGAAAGUUGAACGUGCCGGUGAUUUCGUGGACCUUUCCGAUUGUCUAUUGAACCUUGCAAACGAGGAUGGGAUUCUCUUAGUGGACGAAGAUGUGAAAGACGCUGCGAAUAAUAGCCUUAAUUCAAUUCUUUUGAGUUCUCUAAGUAGUGAUGUUCAUGAUGAUAAUGAUGUACCAAAUGUUUGUGAGCCUCAGAGAUUGGUUUUGAAUACAGGGUUAGAUGUUGAUGAUGAACGGUCUCAGUCUGGCUGUGGUGAUCAGCAUAGUGAAGUUGAUAUGACUGUGUCUACAUCAGUGCCUGAGGAAGAGAAGAAUUGCACAUUGAAUACUGAGGAUAUCGAGAUCCCGUGCAAUGAUGAUAUGUGCUUACCUACAUCCGCCUCUACCCAUCAAAGAAACGGUGAGAGCUUGAAGAAGAAAGAUGAAAAUCCAACACUAUCUUUUACUCGAAUGGUGGGUCUAGACACAGUGCCAGAGACGGGUCCAAAGCACCCAAUUGUUGGUUCUGGAGUCAAGCCUCGGUCGUCUGGUGGUAACAGUCUUACUGUGGGCUCCAAAGAGAUUAGCAUUGUCCAUGUUGACCCAAGUCAAGCAAGAUCAGCACGUGCAAAUCCAAAGUCAGCCAUAGAUGGAGCACUAAAAAUAGAGGAAACCAGUGCUCCAGCUACAGUUAGGGAGCACGCAAUGUUACAUGCACAGCAAGGUUCUGCUUUUCUUGAACCAGAAGCAAAUCCCCCAACAGUAGAACAGGAAGAAUAUGAUAGUGAUCAGGACAUUCCUUGCUUUUUUGAUCUUGAAGCAAUGAUACUUGAAAUGGAUUUAUGUCCCGACGAUCAGGAUUCAUAUAUUAGUAGAGAAGUCUCAAGGUAUCAACAUGAGGCUACUAAAAGGAGAAUCAUAAGGUUGGAACAGUGUUCUCAAUCUUCUAUGCAAAGAGCCAUUGCAUCUCAAGGUGCACUCGCAAUUUUGUAUGGCCGCCAUCUGAAGCAGUAUAUUAAGAAGGCUGAGGUCAUACUUGGCAGAGCUACAAUUGACAGUGAAGUUGAUAUUAACUUGGGAGAAGAAGGACGUGCUAACAAAGUAUCUAGACGGCAGGCUCUUAUAAAGAUGGAAGAGAAUGGUUCUUUCUUUUUGAAGAAUCUUGGUAAGAGCUCAAUCUUUUUGAAUGGCAAAGAAGUUGCUCGUGGACAGCUUCUGAGUCUUGAUUCUGGUAGUUUGAUUGAGAUUAGGGAAAUGGCAUUUGUGUUCGAGAUGAAUCACAAAUCUGUGAGGCAGUAUCUAGCCAAUGUCACCAAAAAUACCCAAGAAGAAAACACCAUUUUCGAAUGGUCACCUGAGGGGGCCCAUGAAUAGAGACACCAAUAAAAGGUAUCAAAUUUCCCCCCCCUUUUUGUAAUUCAUUUUGUUAGUAGCCACUCUAUUGUAUGGGUUUACCCUUUUACCGGGAGCAUCCUCAUGCUAUCAAACAAUAGAAUGUAUAGGCUUUCUUGUGAAGGAAUGUAUAUAUAUGUAUGUAAAAGCAGAAUUAUUGAUAAUAUAAGCACCCGUAGCAGAAAAUAACGAUCCAUUAUUCUUGUAUCUUUUUUCCUUAUAUUAUUUUCUUUUAGACGAGGGCCAAAUUCUGUUCCCUGUUUGUUCUCUUGAAUUAAGGGCAGGUAGUGCUGCACAUUGCCCACA